CGGGCGGUGGUUUUUUGGGGGGAAGGGGAGCUUGUGGGGCGCACUGUCGGGUGGCCCCGGGCUCCGGUUUGCGGCCGCGGGACCCGGUAGCGAGCGGCAACACCGGCGGCAGGGAACCGACGAAAGGUGUUGCCAUGGUGAUGGCAGUGGAGGACAGCGCGGUGCAGGUUGUGGUUCGGGUCCGACCCCCCACCCCACGGGAGCUAGAGAGCCAGCGGAGGCCUGUGAUUCAGGUGGUGGAUGAGCGGGUGCUGGUGUUUGACCCUGAAGAGCCCGAUGGGGGCUUCCUUGGCCUGAAAUGGGGCAGCGUCCAUGACGGCCCCAAGAAGAAGGGCAAAGACCUGACCUUCGUCUUUGACCGGGUCUUCGGCGAGGCGGCCACCCAGCAGGAUGUCUUCCAGCACACCACCCACAGCAUCCUGGACAGCUUCCUCCAGGGCUACAACUGCUCCGUGUUUGCCUAUGGGGCCACUGGGGCCGGGAAGACACACACCAUGCUGGGAAGAGAGGGGGACCCCGGCAUCAUGUACCUGACCACCAUGGAACUGUACAGGCGGCUGGAGGCCCGCCAGGAGGAGAAGCAAUUCGAGGUGCUCAUCAGCUACCAGGAGGUGUACAAUGAGCAGAUCCACGACCUUCUGGAGCCCAAGGGACCCCUUGCCAUCCGUGAGGAUCCCGACAAGGGGGUGGUGGUACAAGGACUUUCCUUCCACCAGCCAACCUCAGCUGAGCAGCUGCUGGAGAUGCUGACCAGGGGGAACCGUAACCGCACGCAGCACCCCACUGACGCCAAUGCUACUUCCUCCCGCUCCCAUGCCAUCUUCCAGAUCUUCGUGAAGCAGCAGGACCGCGUUCCAGGUCUGACCCAGGCCCUUCAGGUGGCCAAGAUGAGCCUGAUUGACCUGGCUGGCUCCGAGCGGGCGUCCAGCACCCACGCGAAGGGGGAGCGGCUGCGGGAAGGUGCCAACAUCAACCGCUCCCUGCUGGCCCUCAUCAAUGUCCUCAAUGCCCUGGCCGAUGCAAAGAGUCGAAAGUCUCAUGUGCCCUACCGGGACAGCAAGCUGACCCGCCUGCUCAAGGACUCCAUUGGAGGCAACUGCCGCACAGUGAUGAUUGCUGCCAUCAGCCCAUCUAGCCUGACGUAUGAGGACACGUACAACACCCUCAAGUACGCCGACCGGGCCAAGGAGAUCAAACUUUCGCUGAAAAGCAAUGUGGUCAGCCUGGACUGUCACAUCAGCCAGUACGCCACUAUCUGCCAGCAGCUCCAGGCUGAGGUGGCCAGUCUGAGGGAGAAGCUUCGAAUGUAUGAGGCGGGAGCCCAGGCCCCACAACAGGACCUCCCACAGCCCCCCAAAUCAGGCACUCCACAACCACCCCUUUCCAGCUCCUCCCCACCAUCUCAUCUUCCCAGCCAGCCCCGCACCCCAGAGCUCCACCCAGGGUCUGCAGUCCUUCAAGAGGAAAGCCUGGGGGCAAAGGUCCGGGUGGAGAGGGUCAGGGAAGGGAAUUCUUCAGACCAGGAGCAGCCCUCGGAGAACAAAGACAAAGACCCGGCCAAGGAGGUCCUGAUCCGGGUGUCAGAACAGAGCCUCCGACAGUCAUGGCUGGAGUCCCCUGGCCUGACCCUGGAGGCCAAGCAAGUUGUGGGCCACCUCUCACCACAGAACCUGGAAAGGGACCGUUCUAAGCAGUUGGCACUGAAGGUGCUGUGCCUGGCCCAGCGGCAGUACGCCCUGCUCCAAGCAGCCAACCUCCUGACCCCUGACAUGAUCGCAGAGACCCAGACCCUGCAGCAGCUGGUGCGAGAGGAAAAACCUGGGCCUGGAACAGAGGCCUCCAGGACUCCUGGCCCAGCCAGGGAGGCACCUCUGGCUCAGGAGCUGUGUUCAGAGCCAAAGCCUCCAGGAUACUCUGGCCCUGUGACCCGGACCAUGGCAAGGCAACUGAGUGGCCUCAUGCAUGGUCUGGAGGCCCCACCUGGGCCUGACAGCACCUCUGCCCAGGCAGCUCUGCAGUCCGUGGAGAAGAAGAGAAGAAGGAAACUGAGCCCCUCAGAGCAAGACAGUCACCAGGCCCCAAGGCUGGGGACCAAGCGCCAGCACCAGUCCUUCCUGCCCUGCCUGCGAAGGGGGUCCCUGCCUGAGACUCAGCCUUCACUCGGACCCACCACCCCCAAAAAGGGAAGGGUCGCCUCCCCCUGCCACUCCCCUCGCUUCUGCCCAGCCACAGUCAUCAAAAGCCGAGUGCCUCUGGGCCCUUCUGCCCUGCAGAACUGCUCCACCCCGGUGGCCCUGCCCACUCAGAACCUCAACAUUACCUUUGAUCCCUCCGAGGAGUCCCCCUCAAAGCUGGGUUUCCAUGAAUGCGCUGGCUGGGAAAAUGUGCCCCAGAACAGGCUGGAUCAGCCCUUCAUCCCCAGUGGACCCGUGCCCCUGUUCACCACGAAGGGCCCCAAGCCAGCCUCUUCCUUCCCUGCGACCUCAGCCCGCAAGAAGAGGCGCCUUGUGAGUUCCUCCAUCGCCCGCCGCAGCCGCAUCGCCCGCCUCCCCAGCAGCACCUUGAAGAGGCUAGCGGAGACCCUCACUGCCCCAGGUGACUAGCACUGGGAACAGGGAUGGUCUUGGCCACCGUGACCGAUGAAAACAGGAAGUAGGAAGUGACAAGGUGGGCAGAGACCCGAGGACCUGGGAGCAAUUAACGCCAACACCCUCUUCCUUCACUCACCCUCCUCUCCUAGUCAUUCAUUCUGCUACUCACG